AUGGAGAAGGCUGGUGGAUUUUUCAUGAGGAGAGCCACCAAGUACUAUGAUUCUUCCCUCGGCAUGGACCCCAAGGAAAAGGUGGUCGAAAGUUGGUGCCGCUCCUCACAGCCUACUCUGCCCAAGGGCAUGGGAAACUGUCAGUGUUUAGCACUGGUCUACAAUGGUGUUCAGAUGGCUCUCAAUUGGGACAUCAGUUUGCAGCAGAUGUGGGACUUUGAAUAUGGCUUCAAGAAGCUUUUGAGACCCAAGGCCGAUGAAUAUGUGAGAAAGGUCAUUGAUUACUGGACCAGCUAUGAGGAUGAUUCAGUGGAACUCUGCCGAAGAGGUUCUGAGAAAUGCCCGUGGAAGAACAUCGAACGAAAGCACCCGAAACUCUGGAGCAACCAAGCCUGCAAGGGUGACAAAGAGGAGAAGCUCAUGGCACGGAGACGGUACCCGAUUCUCAAGAGCCAAGAAUGUGGAGAUUUGACAGGGCGUUUGAUCGGUGAAAGGGUCGAUGGCACCAAGGAAGGAGAUGAUCAACCGCCGCCGCACCUGGGGGUGGGUGAUGAUGAUGCAGGGACCUGCGAAAGUCGUGUGGAUGGCGUUUGUAUGCAGCGCAAUACACAGGUCAAGUCCAUGCACAGCCUCUUCUUCUUCGGCUUUCCUCUGAGGAAUGUGAAUCCUGAUUGGUCUGGGCUUGCAGCUGAUCAGGGCCGUAGCGAGGCCUCUGACUACAUUAUGGAGUGGAUUUUCAAUACCUACAAUGACAUGCUGAUCAAAGAAAACCGCGACGCCGAAGGCUUCAGGUGGCUUGGCCCCAAAGAUCCGGUGCAAGUGCGAGAUGCCUAUGGACAAGAGAAGGCAGAGGCUGAAGCAGAGGGCCGGCGCACAGAUUUUAGUGCAGUAAUGUCGCCAGCUGUCCACCAUGCAUCCAAAGCAUGUUUGUGCACAUCACUGACGACUUUCUUUGCAUUUUUCUCGAACGCCUCAUCCUGUUUCGCAUCCAUCAGGACCUUUGGGCUUUUCUGUGCAAGCUUGAUCAUCAGCAACUUUUGCAUUGACUUCACAUUUUUCCUUGCGAUUGUUUGCGCCAGCGAGCGAGUCAAGCGGAAAGCUGCCCAAUCCAUGCCACCAAAGGUCCAGGUGGAGGCUCAGCAAGAGGUUAGAACGUUCAAGCUCCCACUGCUGGGCAUUUUUGCAACCUUUGCAGUGAUUUGCAUGUGGACAGCGAGCUAUGUCACACCGGAUCUCAAAAUGCCUCAAGUCUUUAGUUCCAACGACAACUAUGAGCGUUUCCUGCCCGUGCUGUCCAAGCGCUACGAAAAGAAAUUCAAUCCCUACCGAUUGAAAGUUCGUAUCCAUUUGGGCGUCAACGCGGAUGAUCCCAUCGAUCGCGGCACCACGCCCGACUACAACGAUUGCUUCUUCAACUGUGCUGGGCAGAAGCCGAACUACGUGCAUCUCUUUGCCACCCUAGGCGCGGGGGGUUUGGUGGCUCAAAGUCUGGUGGGUCACAAACCGGUCCCGGUCUGA